CUGCGGGCGCGAGCGAUUGCUCAAAAUAAUAGGAAAUUCAAAUUGUGCAGCGAAUGCUGGCCGUAUUGCAGCUCUCUUUCGCGGAUUUUGCUCCGUCGUCGUCGAAACUCAUCGAUUGCACUCCGAAAAUUGUAGUGCUCAUCGAAAUCAGCUGUCAGGGGCAGUGUUUUGCGUCGCAAGAAUUUUUCUGUGCAAGAAGAUAAAGGAGACUCGCCAAUUGAUUGAGAUUUUCUCACUGUACUCCUCUUGAAUCGACCCAUGAUGUCCGAGGUGAAAGCCAUGGAGCAUCCAACACUUAAGGUUCCGUACGAGAUACUCAACAAGAAGUUCCGAAUUGCCCAGAAGACACUGGACAAAGAGCUGAGCCAGAUACAGAACGUGGCUUCGGAGUUGGAGAAGGGCCUGGCGAGUGGAUCCGCUGGGGAGAUAUCCCGCCUGCUCGGUGGUGUGGUGGAGCGCCUGCAAGUGCUGAAGCGGAAGGCUGAGGAGAGCAUUUCGGAGGAGAUCGCCGCGGGCUAUGUGUGCAAGCGUCGCCUGGAGCACCUCAAGCAGAAUGUCGUGGCGAAUCCCGACGUGGAGGUCCAGAUGGCGGCCACGAAUCAGUGGAAGAAGACGCGCCUGGAUCGCAUGAUUGUGGAGCACUUCCUUCGCCUUGGCUACUACGAGUCCGCCGAGCGACUGGCCAUUCGCAGUGGAAUCCGCGACCUCACCAAUCUCGACAUCUUCCAGACGUCGCGCGAAGUGGAGCAGGACUUGGCAAAUCACAAGACCACCAAGUGCAUGGUGUGGUGCAAUGACAACAAGUCCAAGUUGCGCAAGAUCAGCUCCAACAUUGAGUUCCAGCUGCGCCUGCAGGAGUUCGUGGAGCUGGUGCGCCAGGACAGGCGGUUGGACGCCGUGAAGCACGCGCGGAAGUACUUUCCGGACUUUGGCAUGGAGCAGCUGAGGGAGAUCCGACAGUGCAUGGGCCUCCUGGCCUUUCCCGUCACCACCGAAAUCGAACCCUACAAAUCGCUCUUCGACCCGCAGCGAUGGAACGACCUCGUGCUCAAUUUCCGCAUGGAGAACUAUCGCCUCUUCCAGCUGGCCACGCAGUCAGUGCUCAGUGUGGCCGUCCAGGCGGGCCUGUCCGCGCUCAAGACGCCGCAGUGUUACUCCAUUGGCUCAAAGAACAUCAGCUGUCCCGUGUGCCAGGAGAACUUCAACGAGAUCGCAGAGAAUUUGCCAUAUUCUCACUGUGCCCAAAGCCGCCUCAUUUGCCGUGUGACGGGAAAGCCACUCAAUGAGCACAACUUGCCCAUGAUGCUGCCCAAUGGACAGAUUUUCGGACAGCAGGCUUUGCCACACAUCACAAAAGAGAAUGGCAUAAUUGUGUGUCCCAUCACAAAUCAGACAUUUUGUCAGCCAAAAAUCGAGAAGGUCUUCGUCAUGUAGGUUUUCUUUUCCCGAUCAAAUCUCCUGUGACUGUGUGACGUUGCGCGGUGUCCAAGAGUUUAGAGAGAGAGAGUGAGAUCUCCUCGGAAUAAUAUCAUUUAUUGGUAAUAAAACACUUAAGGCUUUUUCCUCCCUCAUAUUUCUCGAGUAAUAAGAUAAGGAGCAAAAAUCUAUUCAAAUCGUAUAAGAAGCAAUUUUUUUUUGGAUUUACAAUGUAUGAUUUUUUUCUAUAAGUUUCUAUAAGAGUUAGAAUUUUAUUUCUCCUGUCAAAAUUAUAACUUGUUAUUAAAUUCGAUAUCGUAAAAAAUUUAGAAAUUAUUGUUAGAAAGGUAAAAAAGAGAAAAAAACGUGAGUUGAAAUGAUUGAAAUGACAAAAAAAGACAAAUUUAUGGGUAGAUUUAAAGAAGAAAAAAAGGCAAAGUGAAAUUUACUGGAUUUACCUCUUUGACGUGACCAUAAUUUAUUUCUUUCUCACACUUGUGUCCACACUGUGAGCAUUUUAAGAAUACAUUUAAGUACCCUCCCCAUCUUUUUGUAUAAUGAAAUCUCAUCUCUUAUGAAUAAACAUAUGAGAUAUUGUGAAAUAA